CUGACAUUAACCUUCGCUAAUUUUCUAACUGGAAAAUUUUGUUUACAUUUCUCAUAUUUCAUUCAUUUCUAUUUUCCCAUUACAUUACAUUUGACUGUUCGUAAUGGCUCUGAACAGCUUUUUGGAUUUUUUUCAAAAAGGCAGGACCUUCAGACCAAAAAAGAAGUUUGCUCAUGGUACAAUCCGCUAUAGUUUAUACAAACAAGCUCAAGCGAGCUUAAACUCUGGAAUUAACCUAAGGGGUGCAGUAAAGUUACCACAAGGUGAAGAUCUCAACGACUGGAUAGCAGUACAUGUUGUGGAUUUCUUCAAUAGAAUUAAUCUGAUUUAUGGAACAAUAUGCGAGUAUUGUACAGAGCAGACCUGCCCCACAAUGUCAGGUGGGCCAAGAUUUGAGUAUCUAUGGGCCGAUGGGCAGAAAUUCAAGAAGCCCACUCCAUUACCUGCCAGGGAAUACAUCAGCCAUCUGAUGGACUGGAUUGAAAUGCAGAUUAAUAACCAGGACCUGUUUCCAUGUACAAGUGAUCGACCAUUUCCAAGAAACUUUCCAAAUCUCUGCAGUAAAAUACUGGCAAGAUUGCACAGGGUGUUUGUACAUGUUUAUAUACAUCACUUCCAGAAUAUUGUGACUAUUGCAGCAGAGGCUCAUGUGAACACCUGUUACAAGCACUUCUACUACUUUGUAACAGAAUUCCAAUUAGUAAGCCAAAAAGAGUUGGAACCACUUGGCGAGAUGGCUGCAAGGAUAUGUAAGGAUCCUUCCACUUAGAUCAAUUUCAGGAUAUCUGUUUUCCAAAUUAACCAGAGUGAUAAUAUUUAUAUAUUGUAUAGAUAAGGCUAUCUACUUGAUUUUUUGGAAAAGUAUUGUGUCAUUUUGGAAACUUGUUGUUUUUUCAUGUUUUUUGGAAGUAGGGGCUGGCUCCUUUACAGCCAAUAUUCAGAAAUGGAGUUACCUGGAGGAGUAGGUAUAAAAAUGUCAUCAAUAUAGUUGUCAUAGACACUUAACUAUUAUGUUUUAUUCAUCAAACAAAAAUGACAAUGUUGUCAUGGUAUCACAUCACAGAGUACAUUCACAAAACAAUAAUACUGAAGUGCUUGAUGUCAGUGUCCAUUCAAUAUAAAAUUUGGCUCAAAUGGAUACUGACAAAAAACAAAUUUGAUAUAAACGGGACAAUGAUAUGUUGAAGUACUGUUGUUUCCUAACUGUGCUUAAUGUCAUUUUUAUCUGAUGCUUGUUCCAGAAGUUAAAAUUAAUUUAUAAUUGUAAAUUGAUAUAUAGAAUAAAAUAUUGCAAGAAUGAUUUCCAAAAGUAACAUAUAUUGCCAGUAUAUGUUACAUAUACACAUGUAUGCUUCCUGAUAUUUUUUAUUGAGAUAUCUUUAUUGGACCCAAACUUCAACUACACCUAGGCCAGUUCCAUUUACUAAACUACCAGUGUAUCAGUACAAUUUAUACUUUGUGCACACUAUGAUUAAUCAUAUUUAUACAUCACAAAAAUACAAAUGUUAUUUACAACAAUUCUGUUAAACUUUAUUUUUUUAUUAUUGUUAACAUGUGUACGUACUAAUUUAUUCACAUACCAAAUAUUAACUUUAAGUCUCUGAUCAUUUUUGUUUAGAAUGUCAUAAACAUCAAGUAAAUAAAGAAUAUAAUUCAACUGCUGUUCUUUUUUUCUCCAAUGCUAGGUAACUUGAUGGGAAUGUUCUGUAAAAGGUUGCCCAUAUUUUUGAAAAUAUCAAAACCCUUAAAAAAUGUACUUGCUGGAAAUAUCAACCCUUGAUUUGCGACCAAAAAUACUUUUACAUCAUCAAGGGGGUUUCUGUUUGGUGAAAAGAGUUGCGAAAAUAGGUUGGAACCAUUGCUGAUAAAAUUUUGUACUCCUGAUAAUGGGGACUCAUUGGCUCUACCUAAAAUUAAAAUGAGUGAAACACUUUUCUGAAAAAAGUGCAAUAUUCAACUUACUUUCUCCAACAUUAUAAAUAUUUGAGGGAGUAUAGUUACUUUGCCCAACUAAAAUAAUAUUGAAAUAUAAUCCUAUGCCAUGUGUUUCUAUAAAUCUUACCUUCUGUCGAUUCUUGUACACUAUUUUCUUUCUUGUAAGUUUGGUCAAUAACUGGGUAGCAGUUUACAAAUGCUAAAACUCGAAAAACAGUGUAUUCAAACAGAGAUAUUUUCAGUAAUAUUCAUUUCCUUACUAGAUAAUAAACCAAAUAUUGGCAUUUUAUAAUAGGUCAGGCAUGUAUAGCACAUUACCGAUUGUGUAAAAAUAUC